AUGUGUCAAAAAACAAAAUCAAAACCAACUACAACAAAUAAUAACAUAAAUAAUAAUAAUAUUAAUAAUAAUAAUGAAAAAGUUAAUAAAUUAAAAUCAAAGAUAACUACAAUUUUUGAUGAAUCACAAAAGAUUAUAGCACCAAGUAAAAAAUCAAUCAAUGAAUUAAGAAUAUUAUUAUUAGGAUGUUAUAAUAGUAAUUUUUUAAAAACUCAUUUUAAUUUAAUAAUUUUUUCAGUAGCUGAUAGAGUUUUAAUUCAUUUUAAAAGAGAAUUAGCAAUUGAAAGAAUCAUUAAGUUAUUAACUCAGUUUUUAACACAAAUAGUAAAUAAUAAAAGAACCAUUGAAGAAGAAGGAGAAGGAGAAGGUGAAGAUAAUGAUGAAAAUAAUAUUAUUGAUGACGAGGAAAUGAUAAGAAAAUCAAAUAAAAUUGAUGAAGAGUAUGAAAAAUAUGAUGAAUUUUUUAAUUCAAUAUUAAAUCAUCUCAUUAAUAGAUCCAAUAGUAAAGAGAAGCCAGUUAGAUUCAGAAGCAUUCAAAUACUAUCAGAGAUAUUAUCAAAUCUAAAAGAAGAAUAUGAAUUCAAUGAAAGCACUUGGUCAAAUUUAAUAGAAUGUAUUCUCACUAAAAGUAAAGAUAGAAUACCUGCCAUUAGAAAACAAUCAAUUUAUUCAUUAGCUAAAAUCCAAGACCCAACUUCUCAAGGUGAUCCAAUCACUUCAAGAUUAAUUGAUAUGUUAAGAUUUGAUACAUCACCUGAUGUAAGAGUUACAGCAUUAAAUAAUAUAGUACCAUCAAAGAAAUCAUUACAACCAAUAUUAGAGAAAACAUUAGAUAUUAAUCCUACCGUUAGAAAAGGUUCUUUUAUUUUCAUUGGUAAAAAGAUUGAAAUUAGAUUCAUUCCAAUUUCAUUAAGAGUUGGUAUUUUAAAGAAUGGUUUAAAAGAUCGUGAUCAAUCUGUUAGAGAAGCUUGUUCAACAAUGUUGAUUGAUUAUUGGUUAGAAAAAUCUUUAGAGAUUUCAAAGUUUAUUAAAAAUUUAGAAGUAGAAUUAUUUGAACAAGAAGUUGAAGUAGUAUUAUUAGAAAUAUUUUCAAAAGGUAAAUUUGGUAUUGAUAAAUGUAGAGAAUAUGAUUUAUUUAAUCUUAGUAAGGAACAAGCAAUCAAUCUUAGAGUUUUAUCUCAAUAUUUAAAGAAAGCAAAUAAUCAAGAUUUAUUAGAUACAAUUUUACCAAGUAUUUUAAAUUUUAAUGAAGUUUUAUUAUAUUAUCUUAGAAAAUCUGAAAAAAGACAACAAGGUUUAAAUGAUGAUGAUGAUGAUGAUGAUGAUGAAAAAGAAAAAGAUAAAAAUGAACAACAACUUGAAAAUAAUAAUAAUAAUAAUAAUAAUAAUAAAACAGAGAAAUUAAAACAUAGUGAUAAUGAAUUAAUAUUUAUUCAAUCACAAUUAAUAUUAAUUGCUCAAUAUUUAGAUUUUUCAGAUGAAUCUGGUAGAUCACAAUUAAUUGAUGUCAUUCAAAAAUUAUUAAUGUCAAUUAGUAUUGAUGAUAAUCAUUUAGAACCAUUGAUGGAAUUAUUAUAUCAAUUGGUUAAUCCUCAAAAUAGUAGCAGUACUAGUGAAAAUGGUAGUAGUGGUACCGAUAGAGGUUAUUCACAAACCAUUAUAACAAGUUUAACAACAUUGACCAAUUUAAUUGAUAAUGAACAAAGUGAAUCGAUUAAAAUUGAAAUGCAAAAUCAAUUGACUGCAAUCAAAGAAUCAAUUGAUAAAUUAACUCAAAAAAGAAAAGAUAUUAAAACAUUAAUUAAAACUAAAUAUUCAAAUAACGGCAAUACUGGAAGCAACAAUAGCGGUUCAAAGAGUAUUAGUAUUAGUAAUAAUUUAAAUAAGAGUGUUGUAGAUAAACUAAAUUCAAAGUUGGAUUUAUAUAGAGAUGAAAUUCAUUUAAAGGUAGAACAAUACAAUCAAAUUACAGAGAAUUAUAAUUUAAAAAUUCUAUUAGAAGAGAAAAUUUGGAUUAAAUCUCUAAGUAUUUUAAAUCACUUUUUAAAGAAUACUAAAAUUUUGAAAUUAAAUAAUCAAGUUAAAUCAACCAUUGACAAUUUCAUAGAGUUAAUUAUGGAUAAUUGUUUAUGUAGUGAAAACUCUUUAGUUAAAUCAAUGGCAAUUAAAGUUUUAUCAUUACAAUCGAUGAUUAAUAUUUCAACACUUUCAAAGAAUACUUGUUCCCUAUUAGAAUCUUUAGAUACUGAAUCUUUAAUAUUUUUUAAUCAACAAAAAGAUAAUCAUCAUCAAAAUUCAAAUGAAGAAUCAUCAACUGAAAUUGAUGAAAAACAUGAUGGUUUAGUUUCGUCAAUUGAAGGUUUAUUUGAUUUAUUAUCAUGGUAUGGUUAUUCAUUAAAUAAAAUUUUUGAAAAACAAUUUAAAGAAAAGCAACAACAAUUAAAGAAUAUUGAAAAUCAAGAUCAAUCAAUUGAAAAUGAAAAUAAAAUUGAAAAUCAAAAUCAAAAUCAAUCAAUUGAUGAAAAUGAUAAUAAUUUCAUAAUUACAUUUGAAUUUAUUUUAGAUCAAUUAUAUGGAUUAUUAAAAAAGAUUGAAAAAACUCAAGAUAAUGAAAUCAUUGGUAAAGAAAAGAUUCAACAAAGAUUGGUUGAAGGUAUUUCAAAGAUUAUUUGUAAUCAAGUUUGUGAUUUAGAGAAUAAAAAGGUAUCAAUGGAACAAUAUCAAUAUAUAUUUUCAUUCUUGAUGGGAAUGUUUUUCAAUCAUACCAAUGAUGGUAAACCAACUCAACAAAUUCUAUCCUCUUUCUUUAAUGUUUUCGUUUUACCUUCAAAUAGAGAUUUUGAAUUCUCUUUAACAAUCAUUGAAAAUUCUUUUAUUCCUUCUUUACAAAAUGUUUUUAAAAACUCAAUUACUUCAACACCAACUUUAAUUAAAUUAUAUCAAUAUUUAAUUAAUUCUUUAAUUUCAAAUUUUAUUAAACAACAACAACAAAUUCAACAAAAACAAAAACAACAAGAACAACAAAUACUACAAAAUGAAGGUAAUAUUAAUUUAAAUGAACAAGAAAUUGAAAUUAAAUUUAAAACAAUUGAAAAUAAACUAUAUUGUAAAUUACUAUUUAAUUUAUCUUUAGAGAUUAUUGGUGAUACAACAAUUGGUAAGAAUCAUUGUAAAUUAUUUCAACUUUUUAAAUUGGAUAAAUCAUUUUUAAGUUUAGAAUCAAUUCAACAACUAUUAUUCCUAUCGAAUAAAAUGUCAAAUGAAAUCAAUUCUAAACCAUAUAAUGGUCAACUUUCAAAGUAUCAUCAAUAUUUGAAAUCAUUAUUAAUAAUUGAAAAAGAUGAUGAAACUGAUAAUAAUAAUAAUAACAAUGAUUGUGGUAGUAAAGAUAUUCAUCAACAAGAAUUAACAGAUGAACAACAAGAUGAACUUUUAUCAAUUAUUGAUAAAAUUAAAAAACCAAAUCAAUCAAAGAAAUUAUCAUCAACAAGGGCAAAUUCAACAAAAAGAGUUAAAUCUAAAAAAGUUAAAUACUCUUCCUCUGAAGAUGAAGAAAGUCAACAAGAAGAUUCUCAACAAUCCUCUGAAUCUGAUCAAGAAAAAGAAACUGAAAAAGAAAUUGAACAUGAAGAGAGCGAAGAAAAAGAAGAAGAAGAAGAAGAAAUUGUUGAAGAAAUUAUUGAAAUUAGUGAAGAAGAGGUGGAAAUUAAAAAGAAAAAGAAAAAUAAAAAGAAAAGAAAAUCAAUUGAAAAUGAUGAUGAAAUAAUAAAUGAAGAAAUUAGUGAAUCAAAUUAUAAAAAGAAAAAUAAAGAUAAAAAGAAAAAGAAAAAUAAAAAUAAAAGAAAAUCAAAUGAUGAAUCUGAAGAUCAAGAAAUUCAAAGUGAUCAAGAAGUAGUUUAUGAAGUAAUUAGUGAAGAAGAAAUUAAAAAGAAAAAGAAAAAGAAAAAUAAAAACAAAAAUAAAAAUAAAAGAAAAUCAAGUGAUGAAUCUGAUCAAGAAAUCCAAAGUGAUCAAAAAGAACAAGAAGAAGAAUACUAUGAAGAAAUUAGUGAAGAAGAAAUUAAAAAGAAAAAGAAAAAGAAAAAUAAAAAUAAAAAUAAAAAUAAAAAAAAAUCAAGUGAUGAGUCUGAUCAAGAAAUCCAAAGUGAUCAAAAAGAACAAGAACAGGAAGAACAUGAAGACUAUGAAGAAAUUAGUGAAGAAGAAAUUAAAAAGAAAAAGAAAAAUAAAAAUAAAAAUAAAAGAAAAUCAAGUAAAAAAGAGAAAAGUCAACAUGAUGAUAAUGAAAUAUUAAGUGAAGAAAUUAGUGAAAUUGAAGAUAAAAAGAAAAAUAAAAAUAAGAGAAAAUCAAUUGAAAAAGAGAAACCAAAAAAAAAAAAAAAAAGUGAUGGUGAACAAGAAGAAGAAGAAGCAGAACAAGAAGAAGAAGAGAUUGAUAACGUAUCAUUUGAUUCAAGUAUCGAGAAACCUGAUUUAAAUACAAGUAUGAGAGAUUAUUUAAAUAUUUCAUCUGGUACUGAACCAGAAUUGGAGGAAGAACAAUCUGAUGGAUCAGAGGAUGUUUCAAAUUUUUUUACUUCCUCAAGUGAAUCAUACGAAGAAUACGAUUAA